AUGUAUGAGAAAGACGGUACACCAUGUGGCGAGGCAGUCCUCGUGCUGUUGGACAAUGAACGGGAGCGCGAGACCUGCCUGUUGCUACAAGCGAUCGUUGGUCCACCUCCUCCACUUCUGAACGACCGAAAGCAAUGCUCUGCUUUUCACACCCGCAUUAUGUCAGAGAAACGAGAGAGCGAUGGCAGCGCACACUGGAGACUCACCUCGCUUUUCCGUCCCAUACCGCAGUCAUUGCUACCCCAAAGCAACCGAUCGAGUCAAUUGACGAUACGGGAUAUAGCUGGGCCACAUCUUUCCUUGCUGACACCAGCACUACUGAGUCGAAUAGGAAGCACCAGCCCGGAAUCGGACACUGUCCAACUGACACAACGCGAUAUCCCUCGACCGGAAUCCGUAUACUCCGUCAAGUCACCGGCGGAAUGCUCACCCUCGGAUGUUGCGAGCACGUUCAGGACGGCCAACGACGAGAUUGACGAACAUCCAUCCCACGUGCAGCACAGAUAUUCUCGUUCUACCAGCGAGCCAGCCAAACCUCGUCAGAAGACCAUCAGCCAAUAUUCUGUACGCACUCCCUCAUCGAGAGCAAGCAUCAGCACCUAUCUCGUCAAGCCACCAGAAGCUCGCGACACAACGUUCCUAGUAGAAUUGCCCGCUGCUGUGCCUUCACUACGAUGCUCCAUUCGAUCGAGUCGUGCUUCCUUGAUUGAUGCCAAGACUGGUGCUUUGCUGGAAAAGAGUUCUGCGCCACCUCCCUUACCGAUCAAGCCGUUGCCAAAAUCUAUUGAUUUGGAGAAGGCCGAGCCGCAACCACGCCACUUGGACGAACAAGUAGCCCCGGGAAACACCAUCAAUUGGCCGAAAAGUAGGAAGUGGGCAUCGACUUCGGCACUCGGGUUCGUCGCAUUCUGCAUAGCCUUCGCUUCGUCAGUCUUGACUCCAGUCAGUAACGUCGCCAGCCAGGAGUUGGGAAUCUCCAAAGAGGCGAUGGUGCUCGCGACAACACUCUUCCUCGUGGGCUUGAGCAUUGGUCCUCUUCUAUGGUCGCCACUGAACGAGUUGUGCGGACGAAGAACAACCCUCCUGGUCGGCCUGGUGGGGUUCGCCAUCAUGCAGGUACCUUGUGCCCUUGCUCAAAACUCGUCUAUGCUCCUUGUCUGUCGAUUCAUAGGUGGCGUCUUUGCCGCGAGCUCCCUCAUGUCUGUGAUCGUAUCCUUGACGGAGUCAUGGACCUCACUCGACCGCAGACUUGCUAUGACCGUCUUCUCAGCAGCGAUGUUGAUCGGAAUCUGUGUCGGCGCUGUCGUUGGAGGUCCGCUGGCUGACAGCACUGUGCUCGGUUGGCGCUGGACAAGCUGGAUCGUUCUGAUUCUUUGCUUUCCGUUCGGCUUGGCCUGCGCCAUAUGUCACCAAGAGUCCUCCGCAGAGGUACAGAUGCGCCGACGUGCUAAGAGAUCACAGUCGACACCGCUCUGGAGGCCCGAGCCAAUGAUCGCGAAGACUGGCUCGAUGACAGGUGGCAUGAUGAGGAGGCACGUGUGCACACCUAUUUGGAUGUUCAUGACAGAUCCUAUCCUGUGCUUAAUAACGGUAUACAUGGCUUUCAGCGAUGGCGUGUUUUACUGGCUCUUGGAGGCGUGGCAGAUCUCAUUUCACGAUGAGAGACACUGGCCAUUGAAACUUGCUGGUCUGCCUUUCGUUUCUGUCAUCGUUGGGGUCUGCAUCGGUUGUGCGGCCAGUCUAGUGCUCACGAGGAUCAGGUUUCGUGGGAUAGUGAGAAAGCAUGGCCGAUUAUGUCCGGAGGAACGGCUCCUGCCCAUGGUCGCUGGAAGUAUCGCGCUACCGGUGGGCCUCUUCCUUUUCACCUGGACCGCAUCUCCAGCCAUCUCGCCUAUACCGGCGAUCGCCGCUGGUGUGCUGCUUGGUUUCGGCUUCCUUCUGACCUUCUUGCAAGGCAGCAACUUCAUCGUCGGCGUCUAUGCUGCUCAAGCCACCUCCGCCAUGGCCAUCAAUACCUCAAUACGAUUCCUUACGGCGGCAGCCUUCGCAGCCUUCGCAGGACCGAUGUGUCUGGGCCUACAGCCACAAUGGGCAGGCACCCUACUAGGCACGCUCGCUAUCCUCUUCAUACCGCUUCCGAUCUUGUUCUUCAAGUUUGGAGUCAAACUGCGAGCCAUGAGUCGCUUUACACCCAAGCUGACUGCCGGCAGUUCGCCUGUCGUGGGGUUUCCGGCACAACAGCAGGAUCAAUGA